AUGUCUAAUCGCAUCUUUUCCUCGACAUCAUCAAAAUUCAAUGUAGCAAGAGUCCUACCGAAGUCGUCAUUGAACCCUACACAAACUCGAUCCCUGAAACUCUUUGCCUCCUCAAAACACGCUCUUCGCAGAUCCACCUGUCUGAUUACCGGAGCCUCUCGCGGCAUAGGUCGUGCUAUCGCGGUCGCAUUUGCACGCGAAGGUGCUGGCUGUCUCCUUGUUGGCCGUGAUGAGUCAGCUCUGAAGGAAACAUAUGAGCUCUGCACUUCUGCCCGCGGCUCAGUCGGCCGCAGCCAUUUUGUUCUCACAGGCGACAUCAACGACUCAACCUUCUGGUCUACUCUGGAAAAAGAUCCCUGCUGGAAACAUGAGAACGGCAGACUAGAUGUUCUAGUCAACGCGGCCGGUAUCUCGCAUUCAAGUUUGCUGCUACGCACCACACAAGCCAAGGUGGACGACAUCCUAAACACGAAUUUGAGUGCCGCUAUCCAGGCUUCCAGAUUUGCAACCAAGAAGAUGCUGAAAAACUCUGCCGAGGCCGCUAGCGGAGCCGGACAUAUCUUGAACAUCUCAUCGCUGCUUGCGACGCAUGGCGGUGCAGGAAGUGUGGCCUACGCAGCCUCAAAAGCAGGUGUCUUGGGACUUACUCGGUCGCUAGCUGCGGAACUGGGUACCAGAGGUAUCAGAGUCAAUGCUAUUUGUCCAGGGUAUGUGGAAACCGAUAUGACAAGAGCGAUGCCAUAUACCGCAAGAGAUGCUGCUCUUGCAAAAAUUCCAGCUGGCAGAUUCGGCACGGUUGAUGAGAUCGCUGAUGCGGCAGUGUUUCUGUGUGGGAAUCAGUAUGCGAAUAACACCGUGCUGAAUCUUGAUGGUGGAUUGAGUGCUGUAUAG